AUGAAUCGUCUUGAUCUGGCUCAUCCGUACAACGAUGAUAACGACGAAGACGAUUUGUACGUGACUAUGAUGUACCGGUACUAUACAGACAACCUACUACAGUCAGAUCCAACUCCACUACUCACGCGACGUACGACGUUAAAUAGAGAUCGUGGCGAAGGGCAUAGACGGCUAGUAAACGAUUACUUUGCCGAAAAUUGUGUCUACCAGCCAAGCGAUUUCAAAAGAAGAUUCCGUUUGCGGAAAAAAGUCUUUGAAAGGAUAGCCAACGCUAUGGAAGCAAGGUAUGAAUUUUUCCAAAUGAGAUAUGAUGCUAGAGGCAAACGAGGCUUUACAGGGUUGCAAAAAUGUGUUGCUGCAAUAAAACUUAUGGCAAUGGGAGAGUCGCCCGAUUCUGUUCACGAUUAUAUGAGAAUGUAUGAGAAGACCGCACGAGAAAGUUUGUAUUUAUUGGCAAGAGGUGUUGUUGAAACUUUCGGUGACCAAUACUUGAUCAAACCUUCGUUGCAUGAUACGCAACAACUAUAUGCGGCGCAUGAAGAAAGACAUGGUUUUCCGGAUAUGCUUGGGAGCAUUGACUGCACACACUGGAAAUGGAGAAAUUGCCCCGUGGCAUGGAAAGGAAAAGCCCCGGAUGCUCCAUUCACAGUGAAUGGAAACGAAUAUAAGUUUGGGUAUUACCUUACAGACGAAAUAUAUCCACAAUAUUCCACGUUUGUGAAGGCGUUUCGACACCCAAUAGAUCCAAGAGACAAAUAUUUCAAGAGAGGACAAGAAGGAGCACGUAAGGAAGUUGAACAUGCUUUUGGGAUAAAGGACGCAAUAUUGCAACGUAUUCGCCUAUGGAGCCAAGACAUGCAAUUUCAACCAGGGACAUCAGAAUAUUUAAAUAAAGUGGUUGAUAUUCAAGAUCAACGAAAACACAAGCAACUCCGUGAAGACUUGGCGGAUUACAUCUUUGUUGGUCACGAAAACGAAGAUGAAUAG